UCUGCAGGCAAAAAGGAAAAGCGAAGAACUGGGAGCCUUGUAACAUUCUCAAGGGACCGACGCCUGAACGCACUAGGUUUCCUUUUGGUGGUCAUUCACCCAUUACGAUUACUAUGCUAGUUAUGAUUGGUCUCUACUCUUCCUUGGUCAUCUUCUUCCUUCUUCAGGCACAUCAGAGCACUGCAGUUUUUAACAUCACUGCAACCGAACCACUCUUCCAGAACCAGACUCUUGUCUCCUCCGGUCAAAUCUUCGAGCUCGGCUUCUUCACCCCUAAUGGAUCAGCAAAUCAAUAUGUGGGCAUAUGGUACAAGAGCAAGACUCCAUUCAAGAUUGUCUGGGUUGCCAAUAGGGAUACACCGCUUGCCCACUCAGAUCAAUCUGCAAAAUUAAAAAUAGGCAACGACGGGAAUCUGAAGCUUGUGGAUGAGCGACAGAACAUAGUAUGGUCCACCAAUGUUUCUGUCCACUCAAAUAAUACCACAGCAAUGCUUUCAGAUGGUGGAAACUUUGUUCUACAAGACAGGAAUUCUGUUGAAAUAUGGGCAAGCUUUGAUGAUCCAACUGAUACUCUUCUACCAAACAUGGAGAUAGGACUAAACAACAGAACCGGAGAGAGACGGAACUUAGUUUCCUGGAAAAAUGACAACUAUCCAUCUUCUGGAUAUUUUGUCACUGGGAUUACGUGGGAGACACCGCCACAACUUUUCACCUGGAAUGGCUCGAGCCCUUAUUGGAGAAGUGGACCAUGGGAUAAAUCAACUUUCCUCGGCAUACCAGACAUGGACUCCUCAUAUUUCAGCGGGUACGUUCUCCAGCAAGAUCCUCAGCAGGGAACUGCUUAUUUCUCUAGUGAUGCUACUAACAACUCUUUGUUUGGUUAUGGCUUCAUUUCACCUGGAGGCGUUCUAACCUUAAUAACGUGGGAUUAUGGAUCCAAGAGUUGGUUGACAAAUUGGGUGGCACCAAGCAACAGUUGCGAAGUUUAUGGAACUUGCGGACCUUUUGGCUUCUGCAACUCACUAAACUCUCCUAUCUGCCGUUGUGUAAAGGGGUUUAUGCCGAGAUCCAAAGAAGAAUGGAACAGCAGGAAUUGGACCAGAGGGUGCAUCAGAGAAACCGAAUUGAAUUGUCAGAAGAACACAAGCAGGUCGGCUUUGAUGCAGGUGAAGAAAGAUGUCUUUGUGCAAAUGAACCGGAUGAAAGUGCCUGAUUCUGCGGAAUACUUAUUGGACAUUGGAGAUGAAGGAGGAUGUCAAAGCUGGUGCCUGAAUAAUUGUUCUUGCUUGGCUUAUUCUUAUGUCGGCACGAUAGGGUGCUUGGUCUGGGCUAAAGAUCUGAUGGAUAUGCAGGAGUUUUCAACAGCUGGGCAGGAUGUAUAUGUUCGGGUCGCACAUGACAAUACAGGCAUGUCAAUACAAACAAAACUUAUCAUCAGCGUAAGUACCAUGGUUGGCAUCGUGUCCAUAGGAGCUGCUAUUUUCAGUCUCUGCAAGUGGAGAGCUAGCAAAAGAGAUAAAGCAGGUGAAAUGUCACUUGGAAAUGCAUGGAAAGAUCAGCUGAAGCAAGAUGAUGCAUCUGAAUUGACCAUGUUCAGUUUUAGUAACUUACUUCAUGUGACAAACAACUUUGAUGCAACAAACAAACUUGGCCAAGGAGGGUUUGGCCCCGUUUAUAAGGGAAAGCUGAAUGAUGGAAAGGAGAUAGCUGUCAAAAGACUUUCCAGUAGCUCAGGCCAAGGCAUGGAGGAGUUUAAGAAUGAGAUCAUUCUAAUAUCAAAGCUUCAGCAUCGAAAUCUCGUCAGACUCAUGGGUUGCUGCAUCGAAGGAGAAGAAAAAAUUUUAGUAUAUGAGUACUUGUCAAACAAAAGCUUAGAUACCUUUCUUUUUGAUUCAGGAAGGAAAGCAGAACUCAACUGGGACAUACGAUUCCGGAUCAUUCGAGGGAUCGCAAGUGGGCUUCAGUACCUCCAUCGAGAGUCUAACCUUCGAGUUAUCCAUCGAGAUUUAAAGGCAAGCAAUAUUCUCUUGGAUGAGAAAAUGAACCCAAAAAUUUCGGACUUUGGGCUGGCGCGGAUCUUCGAAGGCACCCAAGUUUUGCUAAAUACUCACAAAGUUGUUGGAACACUAGGAUAUAUGUCACCCGAAUAUGCCAUGGGAGGGAUAUUUUCUGAGAAAUCUGACGUCUAUAGCUUCGGUGUGCUGCUACUUGAGAUCGUCUCUGGCAAAAAGAACACGAGCAUGUACUACCAAGGCCAUCAUUUCAAUCUUCUUUCCUAUGCAUGGCAAUUGUGGAGCGAAGGCACUGGACUAGACCUAACAGAUGAAGCAAUUGUUCAUACUUGUUCGACAUCAGAAGUGAUGAGAUGCAUUCUGGUCGGGCUUCUCUCUGUGCAGGACCACGCCACCGACCGACCCAACAUGUCAUCAGUAGUUCUGAUGCUGAGUGGUGAAUCAGAACUUCCUCAGCCGAGACCGCCGACAUUCACCUUCAAAAGGAAAAUUCCAAGUCAUGAUAUCAGGUCACAACGGGAGUGCAUCUUCUCCACGACCACCAUCACGAAUUCUGUGGAUGCUUUACAAGUUCCUGAGUGGAAGGAAGCAAUCCUUGGGGAGACGAAGGCUCUAGAAGAAAAUGGAACGUGGGAUAUGGUGGAUCUACCUAAAGGAAAGUCCAUGGCGGAUGCAAGUGGGUAUUCGCAACCAAGUAUAAAGCUAAUGGGUCCCUUGAAAGCAACUAGAUGUGAAGAAUGCAUUUCUGAAUGGAGAUUUGGACAAAGAAGUAUACAUGGAUUUCCCCCGGGCUUUGAUGGAAGGUUUGGAUUGAAGGUUUGUAAAUUGAAGAAGUCACUAUAUGGACUAAAACAGUCAUCGAGCGCCUGGUUUGACAAGUUCUCUCAGUCUAUGAAGAAACAAGGAUUUGUUCAAGGACAUGCUAAUCAUACCAUGUUUGUAAAGCAUUCUCGUGAUGGGAAGGUUGCAAUUCUGAUAGUGGGACAUCAUUCUCAUCGGGAAUGA